CAGCAGCAAACCAUUCUAUCUUCGAAAAACAAUGGAAGAAGAAAAAAAGAACGUAGUGAGUGCCAAAGAGAUCGAAGACAAGAUGGAGAAGGUGGCAGAAGAGAAGAACGUAGAAGAUGCGCCUAGUUUUCCUGCCCUUUCUGCAAAAGACAUGGCUGUAGGAGGUGAUUGCAAUGUUUACCUUUUAGGGCAAGGAGGAGAUUCGUCGCAUUCGUUGUCCUCCAAAUCGAUUCAUAUCCUGAUUAAUAACAACUGGGAAAAGUUGAUGCGUCCAGUAGUUGACCAGUUAAAAUUGCUGAUUCGAUUCAACAAGAAGACCAACUGUGUUGAGCUAAAGACUUCUCCUCACACUGUGGACAGCAGUUGUCUGCAGAAGGGAGAAGACUACAUCCAUGCGUUUAUGCUGGGUUUCGACAUUGCAGACGCAGUGGCUCUGCUUCGUUUGGACGAUUUAUACAUUGAAACCUUCGAAAUCAAGGACGUUCGUCUGCUUCAUGGCGACCACAUCAGUCGAGCGAUCGGUCGAAUUGCUGGACAGAUGGGCAAGACCAAGUUUGCGAUUGAAAACGCUACGCGCUGCCGAAUCGUGUUAGCUGACCAGACGAUUCACAUCAUGGGGUCCUAUGCUAAUAUUGCGAUUGCGAGGAAUGCAAUCUGCAAUCUGAUCAUGGGCUCACCUCCCAGCAAGGUGUAUAACCAGAUGAAACAGGUUGCUGCUCGACAGAGAGAGCGUUUCUAAUGUCGUUUUAUGUUGCUGU